AACGGUUUUGAGGGGACAGCGCGAGGGGACUGGCUGGCGGCUAGGUUUUCCCGAACUGGGGCAAUUCCCUGUCCCCUCCUUGGCAAAUCGGGGGUGAAGGGGGAACUGGGGGUGUGGAGAUCGUUCGAGGUUAGAGGAUUUCAGACUAGAUUUGAGGGCGGCGUUCGUUUUGGAGACGUCUGAGGGCGGUGAGGGUUCAGACGAUUUCUUUGUGGGUGGCGGGGAGAAAGCCCUGUUUUGGUUCUUUCGCCAGGAGGGGUAGGAGGGAGUAUGCAAGAGAGUUGAUCCUAGGUAGAACUGGGUGAAGGAGCGCGCCGCUCCAGCCUGUCUCAGAGUAGAGCCAGUUGGGGGGCAAAUAAGGCAGCUAGACAGAAACUAGGCCCCUGCUGGAGUUGGGUCCGUUUCACUUGGCACGUUCUGGGUGUAAGAAUUAAAGAGCUCAGUUGACGAUGGAUAGAUAGCCUGUACCGAGGUUUGUCUCCCUGAAGCUUCCACCACUCCUAGUUGGGAAGAGGUGCUGUUGCCGGUCUUCUGUCCUCACCUCCUCCGUUCUGCAUCCUCCAACUCCCCUUCCCAAAACGUAUGAAAAGGAAUGCUUUUGCCCUCUCUCAUGGCCUCUGGAAUCCUUGGAAACCUUUCCUUUAACCAUAAACUCUCCAUACCCUUGAAUCACCAAGGAUCCUUGUCUUGCACUCUUUCAUUCUCCCAAAUCUUCCUUCUUGUGCUUUACCCCGGCUCUCCUAAAGCAGAACCAGGGGUUCCCAGCUCUUUGCUGUCUCCAGUUAUCUCUUCCCUGUACUCAUGGCGACAUCAGCUCCCAGCCCCAGUUCACCUCUCCAUUCUGAGGAUCUCCUGAGUGAUUCAUCAGACCCCCCUGUACUGAACCAAGCGUCCUCUGAGGUGACCUCCCAGCUCUAUGCGUCUUUGCGCCUCAGCAGGCAGGCAGAGGCCACCGCCCGAGCCCAGCUAUAUUUACCUUCCACCUCCCCACCUCCUCAUGAGGUGUUAGGGGGCUUGGCCCAAGAGCUGAAUCGAAGCUUGUCAGUCGGAUUGGAGAACAACUUGAAGAAAAAGGAUGGUUCCAGGCAUAUCUUUGAGAUGGAAAAUGUCCGGGGUCAACUCCAGAGCAUGCUCCAAACCUCACGUGAUACGGCCUAUCGGGACUCCUUUACUCCGCGUGCUGGCUCCGAGAGGCGGGAAGAGGACUCUUUUGACAGUGACAGCACAGCCACCUUACUCAACACCCGGCCUCUGCAAGAGUUAUCUCCAUCUAGCUCAGCCCAAGCGCUAGAGGAGUUGUUUCCCCGCUACACCAGCCUUCGGCCAGGGCCCCCACUCAAUCCUCCGGAUUUUCAGGGCCUGAGAGAUGCGUUGGAUUCAGAGAAUACCCGCCGCAAGCAUUGUGAGCGCCAUAUUCAGAACCUGCAGACCCGUGUGCUAGAGCUACAGCAGCAGUUAGCCGUGGCUAUAGCUGCUGACCGCAAGAAAGACAUCAUGAUUGAACAACUGGACAAGACCCUGGCCCGCGUGGUGGAGGGCUGGAACCGGCAUGAAGCUGAGCGGACAGAAGUGCUUCGGGGACUUCAGGAGGAACGCCAGGCAGCUGAACUCACCAGAAGCAAGCAGCAGGAGACAGUAACCCGCCUGGAACAAAGCCUUUCUGAAGCCAUGGAGGCCCUGACUCGUGAGCAGGAAGGUGCCAGACUGCAGCAACGGGAAAGAGAGACACUGGAAGAGGAAAGGCAAGCCCUGACUUUGAGCUUGGAGCUAGAACAGCAGCGGUGCCGGUCCCUGCAGGAAGAACGGGAUGAGGCUCGGGCGGGUCAGCUCACUGACCAUCGACAGUUGGAGAUGCUUCAGGCUGCCCUAGAAGUAGAGCGACAGACGCGAGCCCAGCAAGAGCUUCAGCUUAAGGAACGCUACCAGGCGCUGCAAGAGGAGGGCCAGGCCCAGCUGGAAAGGGAGAAGGGAAACACCCAGAGGGAAGCCCAGGUAGCCCGGGAAGCCCAGCAGCAGUUGGCCUUGGUGCAGUCUGAGAUGCGGCGCUUGGAGGGAGAGCUGGACACAGCUCGGAGAGAGCGAGAUGCCCUGCAGCUGGAAAUGAGCUUGGUGCAGGCUCGGUAUGAAAGCCAGCGGAUCCAGAUGGAGUCAGAGCUGGCCGUGCAGCUGGAGCAGCGGGUGACAGAGCGGCUGGCACAGGCUCAGGAGAGCAGCCUCCGGCAAGCAGCCUCCCUGAGGGAACAUCACAGGAAGCAGCUGCAGGAGCUAAGUGAACAGCACCAGCAGGAACUGUCCACUCAGUUGACUCAGUACAAGGUGGAGAUGGCAGAACGGGAGGAACGGCAGCAGCAGGUGGCUCAGGACUAUGAGCUCAGACUGGCCCGAGAGCAAGCACGAGUGCGGGACCUGCAGAGUGGGAACCAACAGCUGGAGGAACAGCGGGUGGAGCUGAUAGAACGACUCCAAGCCAUGCUACAGGCGCACUGGGAUGAGGCCAACCAACUGCUUAACGCCACUCACCCACCUCCAAACGCCCCGGUCCCUACCACUGGUCCCUCCAGCCCUGGGCCUCAGGAACCAGAGAAGGGGGAGAGGAGGAUCUGGACUAUGCCUCCUGUGGCUGUGGCCCUGAAGCCUGUAUUGCAGCAGAGCCGGGAAACAAGGGAUGAGCUACCUAGGGUGCCUCCUAUUCUCUGCAGCCCCUCCCCAGAUCUUAGCCUCCUGCUGGGUCCCAGUUUCCAAAGUCAGCAUUCCUUCCAGCCCCUGGAACCAAAGCCAGAUCUUACUCCAUCCACAGCUGGGGCCUUCGAUCAUGAUCACAGGGCAGAACGGCCAUUCCCUGAAGAAGAGCCUGGAACCGAUGGGGAUGGCUUCCUAAAGCAAGGACUGCCACCCCCUUCUCAGCUGGAUGGCCUCAAGCAUUUUUUGCACCAGCUGCUGGAGACAGUACCUCAGAACAGUGAGAACCCCUCUGUUGACUUGUUGCCCCCUAAGUCUGGUUCUCUGUCUGUCCCAUCUUGGGAGGAAGCCCCUCAGAUGCCACGCCUUCCACCCCCUGUCCAUAAAACUAAAGUUCCCUUGGCCAUGGCGUCUAGUCUUUUCCGGGUUUCUGAGCUUCCUUCAACCCAUUCACAAGGCAGUGGUCCCAGCGGUGGCUCUCCAGAGAGAGGUGGAGAUGGGCUGCCGUCCCCAAGGCAGCUGAUGGAGAUAUCUCAACUGUUGCGACUAUACCAAGCUCGGGGGUGGGGGACACUGCCUGCUGAGGGUCUGCUGCACUACCUGAAGAGGCUGGAACACAGCGGGGCUGAUGGCCAAGUGGAUAAUGUUCCCCGAAGGAACACAGACUCCCGCUUGGGCGAGAUCCCCCGGAAAGAGAUUCCCUCCCAGGCUGUCCCUCGCCGCCUUCCUACAGUCCCUAAGACUGAAAAACCUCCAGGACGGAAGAAAAGUGGGCACCCUGCCCCUACUAGCGUGAGGAGUCGGGGAGGAAUCUGGAGAUAGCCCCUUGCCCUUUCUUCUCUUCUCUGUUCUAUUAUUAUUUUAAUAAAUGCUUGUUGGUCUGUAUUAGAGUCUCUGACGCAUGGGAAUUUGGAAAAUGGAAAUUUUGUAGGAAACUGCUUUGUAAAGAAAUUUCUGUAUGAGUAUGUUUUUGUAUGUUUUAUUCUGUGGGAAUAGACUUGAAUGCUUUGAAAGAAGGCACUCUGUGUUGUUGACUAGGCUGUAGGUGGUUUGGUAGGCUCAGGCUUCAUGUGUAAAGAGUAAAGCCUAUAGCGUGAUUAACUCUGGCUGGUGUGGAAUUAUGAGUGUAUUUAUUUUCUUUUUUAUAUACUUCUAUAUUUUUCGAGUGUUCUAAAAUGAGCAUGUAUUAUUUUAAUAAUCAGAAAGAAGAAACUUAAUAAAAGGAUAUGUUAUUGUAUAAAAUUUUGAGUAAAAUCUUGAUUGUUGGGGAGAGAGUUUUCUCUUUGGAGAGCAGAUAAUUCUUUCAGUCACACUCAGCAGACUCUGAUUUACAGAUUCUGCCACAGCCAGCAGACAUGUUAUGGCUGUAAUCUUCACUCUCUUCUGGCUUUAAACAUGUGACAAAAACUAGGGUGCUGGUGAGAAAUAAGAGCCAUGUUUACAAAACUUCCACCCUAGUGCUCACCAAAAUGAACAAAUAUUAGAGGAGAAAAGGACAUCCUCAUGAAACUGAGAAAGGCCCCAACCUCAUAGUACACACACUGAGAAGCAAAGGGUAGAAUUUAAGAGAAACUGAAAGACGGCGCCUUGGGACCCACACACAGUCCUCCAGCUUGUGAGGUGGUGAUGGUAAAGACAGUUCGGAAGGGCUUGUCCUAGAUGGGUGUUUAAGGGACAGAGCGCAUUGGAUUCUGUGAGGAGGGGGAGGCCCUUCUAUUUGAUCCUAAUUAUUUGAUGAGAUCCAGAAUAGACCUGGAUAGGAUAUAGACUUACCCACAAUGUUGUAUAUUAAUAAACUUUUAGCACUUAUUCACUCCCACCUAAAAGUACCUUUUUAGCCCCCAGGGGAAGGGAAAAGGAAAAAAAGAUAGACUUAUGAUCAGCAAUUGUGAGGGUUUUCCUGGCCCAACUAUGUCCAGGAAAACUUGGUCAUCAGUUUUGCUUAGGAUUGUGCUGUCUGGCAAGUAUAAGCAAAGAAGCAAAAGGCAAACUGCUGCAGGAAUAGCUCUGGGCUUGGUGGACUCUUCGAGCCCUGUUUACCCACCUAUGGAAAUUUUAGCUUUUCUGUUUUUACUUCAAGUGCAUAAAAUUGAUUUGACCAAACCCUUCCAGUUUAUGACACA